CGGCGGCCCCGCGUUCCUGGAAAGUUCUUGGAAAUGGAUGAAAGGCGGUUCUGCGAACGAGACCCCGCACGGCUGGCGAGUUCUUUCCCCUCCCUCCCCUCUCGGGAGGGCUUCGCGGCCGCUAUGGGCAUAGCUAUUUAUACCUCCUCUCUCGCUGGUUUUAGCCCCCCCCGCCUGGCCGCUGUCGGAAGAGUGAUGUGAAUACAAUGCGAUUCCAGGAAUCCCUCACUUCCUGGAACAGAUUAAAAGGGGCAAACAAAAGAUUACUCAGUAGGGUGGUGGUUUCUUUUUUCUGCACGGAGCUUCAUUAGUCGUAGAGGCAAGAGGAAAGGCGGUCGGUGCUCUGUCGGCUCUACUCCCGCACGCCCGGCGGGCAUUAUUUAUUAGCAUCUAUUGCAGAGAGCUCGGAAUCUCUCUCGCUCUUUUGUUUUUUUUUGUCUAAAAGACUGAAGGAAGAUCAGUUCCUCUUUAAAUAGAUGUCAUUUCCCUUUGGUUAUUUUUAAAACUAUUUGUCGUCGCAGUGUGAAAAGCAGAAGCAGAAGACGUUCUUUCCAGAGGGCACACCUUUUUCUGGCCAAAGUUACUGAACUGCCUGCGAAGAGUCUCUUGGAUAGCCCCACUCGCCUGCUGGGCCACUUCCGAUUCUGGCACAGGGCUCUGCUGGGGUUCUCCAGCUUUCUCUCGCCGUCAGCCCCUACCUAGAGGCUGGAACUAGCUUGUCCCUUCUGGGAAGCGAGGGAAGAAGGAGACGAGAAGAGACAAAGAGAAGAGGAGAAAGCACUUCCCACCUUCUUGAAGACUUAAUGCUUUUCUCUUGGUCCAGGAGUGACAUGAUCCUCUGUGUUCAGGGACCUCAUCCUUUGCUGGCAGAGGAAAAGCUCAGGAGACUGUCACCCAGGGGCAUUGAGGUGGAGCUGUCGGAGCCAAUCAUGCAGCCCCUCCCAGUUAUGGCCUUCCAGGAGGAGUCUGCACCUGCCUUUGCAGCACCAGUUGCAGACAGCAACCCACCUCAGACACGAGACCCCGAAGAAGACCUUCUCUGCAUUGCAAAAACCUUCUCCUAUCUGCGAGAAUCUGGUUGGUACUGGGGAUCUAUCACUGCCAGUGAGGCCAAGCAGCAUCUCCAAAAGAUGCCUGAGGGCACCUUCCUGGUACGAGACAGCACCCACCCCAGCUACCUGUUCACGCUCUCUGUCAAGACAAAUCGAGGUCCCACCAACGUGCGCAUCGAGUACACCGAUGGCAAGUUCCGGCUAGACUCAAACUACCUGUCCAAGCCUCGCAUCCUGGCCUUCCCAGACGUGGUCAGUCUCAUCCAGCAUUACGUCACGUCCUGCACAACAGAGAGCAAGAACGAGGCUCCAUACCCGCCUCCAUCUCCUCUACCUCCCAUGCAAAAAGAGAUGGCAGCAGCUGCAGUGCACUUGAAACUCAUCCGGCCGCUGGGCCACAAAGACAACAUCCCCAGCCUGCAGCACCUGUGCCGGCUACGGAUUAACAAGUCCACAGCCGACGUGGACCAGCUCCCUCUGCCCAGGCGGAUGGGGGACUAUUUGAAGCAAUACCCUUUCCAGCUCUGAAGCACGACCAUCAUACCUCAGGCAUAACAGGGACAGAAGCAAGUGAACAUUGUGUCUUUGUCCCACUAAAGCACGGCAUUGGGUGGGUGCAGUAAGGACCUGAUUAUCAGAAGAGACUGCAUCCAUCUUUCCUCUCCCCUUCUCUCCAAAUCCAUUCCAGCCAGGGAGGAGUUGGUUGUUUCAGUGAACAAUGGGACACAAUCUGAGCUCUGGACCUCAGGCCGCACUGACAGUGGCUGUGAGAAAGUGCUGUAGGCAUGUGCACACUACUUGAAUUUCAGAGCUGCUGUGACACCAGAAAUGUUAACAUUGUUGUUUUUGCUAUUUAUUUCCAUGGCAGUUUCUCUCCUCAUGGUAUUUUAAAAGCACCUUUUACUUUAUUGGGUUUUGUUUCUUUUUCUUUUGUGGAAUUAGAGGUAGAAUAAAGGCUCCCAGCCAACUGGCAGCCAAAAAACCUGUGGGAAUUUGGAUUCACAUCUAUAUAGCCCCUGCUGGAGCCUAUCCCUGUAACAGAUCACACGAGUCCACAUCCAAAGCUCCCCCAGACUUUUGGGCUAUGUGGAACUCAGAUGACUGUAUCUAGACCCACCUCUACAGAGGUAAAGAAUUUUUUUUUCUUCUUCUUCCUUAGGUACAGGGAGCUGAGUAUCAUAACCUCGAAGCACACUGGUAGCUGCUUAUGCAUCUCUCAGAGAUGCACGCUGCAUCAUAUGCUGUGGACAGAAGAUUUCUGAGAAAGUCCUUCUGCCUUAAAAGCUCCAAGCAGAGAUUCUAGAUAUUAAGCUUGGGCCAGGGAACACUCAUCCCAUUUUUUUUUUUUUUAACUCCUUCCACAUCUCCAAAGGAAGUCUGUGACAAACCAUUUUGAAACAAGUAAUAAGAAACUAAACUUCAUUUGCAGGCAGAGGGAUUUGGUUUCGGAGCACUCUGCAUUUGGCUUGUGGUUUGAAUGCUGAUCCCUGACAUUGCUCUUGUCUGGUGAGAUGUGGGGCAGUAACAGGGUCCUCUUAACCAGGGGUUCAGAGACAGCUCUGCUGAGCUGCACGAAAGAUGCACACAGCUUCAGGAUAUUUAUUUAUUUAUUUCAGGGGGUGGGUGGGUAACAAGUUAGAAGCACCUCAGUAGAAAGAGCUGUCCUUCCUCUGCUAACACAAUGCCAUCUUGCCAGUUGCUCUGCUUCUGCCAGCAUUACACACAAGCCAUGUGGCUUCAAUCAGAGCUAGGCUUCUAGAACACACUGGAAACCACAAUUCAACUUUUCUGUUUGCCAAGGUCCAGACCUCUCCUCUCCCUUUCUCUGACUUGCAAGUUUGUUAACCUCAGUUAGGUUUGGGGUUUUUUUUUUGCUCUGGGUCUACUUCUCACACCCAUCCUUCUCAUGUCCC